UGAAUUGCACUUCAGGUCAGUUCCGCUUCUGUAAGUCCUGCCCAUCAUAAACCAGUCCAACAAGACAAGGACAGUCCACCAGAAGACAUGUCCAACGAAGACGGUGUUCCUGAUGUCCAGCUGAGGAAAAGGUCCAACUGUGACUCGAAUGAGAGAAAACACCUAAACGAGAAAGCGGCUCAAGCGGAGUGUGAACCCCGUCCGGCGCGGAGCGAACUGCGUCUGGUUCUGCUGGGAGAAACUGGUUCAGGGAAAAGCGCGACGGGAAACUCGAUCCUGGGAGGCGAGCGCUUUGAUGAUGGAGUGAGCUUGAGCUCGGUCACAAAAGCCUGCAGGAGAGAGAGAGCGACGGUGGAGGAGCGAGAGCUGGUUCUCGUCGACACGCCGGAUUUCUCCGACACGGAUCAAACGCUUCGGGAACUGGAGCGCGGCCUGGGUUUGUGUUCUCCGGGUCCGCACGCGGUUCUGCUGGUGCUGCCGAUCGGCCGGUUCACAGAGGAGCAGCAGCGAUCCCUAGACAUGAUCCUGGAGACGUUUCAUGAGGACAUCACUCAUCACACCAUCCUCAUCUUCUCUCACGCCGAUAAACUCAGAGGAGAACCCAUUGAAAAGUUUAUUUCGAGACAAAAUCAGAAAGUGCAGGAGCUCGUGGAGAGAUUCGGGAGGCGUUUCGUGGCCUUCGACAACACAAACCCGACCAACCGGGAACAGGUGAGUCGACUCCUGCAGAGCGUUAAUGAGAUACUCGCUCUUAACGACAACCGUCACUUCACCAAUCCCAUCACGGAGGAUCUCAAGACAUUAUUAGAAGAGAGAAGACAAGCGGAUCUGGCUGAAAGAAAGCGGAGAAUCAUAAACGACGUCAGAAAACUGGCGAAUGUUCGCAGGGCUGCGUUCAGCGCGUCCGUGAGGGAAGAGAGGCGGGACUCGGAGAGGGCGAGGGCGCGCAUACGAGGCGGGAUUGAUCAGAUAGAGGAGGAGAUCCUGAGAGAAGAGGAGCGACCGAUCCCGGCCAGACUGAAGCGCCUCAGGGCGUCUCUGAAGAGAGAGAAGGAAAGACUGAGAAGACUGGAGGAACGAGAGAAUGAGGAGGAGAAGGAGAGAACUGAGAGACAGGAGAGAGAAAAGAAAGAUCUGAAAAUCUGGAGGAAAGAGGAAGAGCAGCGGAGACUGAGUGAAGAAGGGCAGAGCUGGGAACGUCCUGAAGAUGACAUGAAGAAGAUGCUUAUUCUGUGUGUGUGUUUACUGGGCUUCGUGGUGGUGGUUGGAUUACUCUAUUUUAUUGGUUAUUGUCUUCAACAGCGAACACCAGAAGAGAAGACUAGGCCUACGAGCUCUUGGCGUGAGAAUGUAAUGAACUUAUUCUAAGUGGAGAAACAUCCGAAGCAGACCAGGAGAAGUUGAGGCAUCUUCCACGCAGAAGUUCUUUAUUGCGUCGCUAUUCAUCUCAAAAAUCGUCUGACUAAAAUACAGAAUACUAUUACAUUAGGCUAUAUUAUUAUUAUUACAUGAUUAACUAAAUAUAUUUUUCCAAGUACAUUUCUGAAAUGCA